AUGGACACCCUUCGACAAGAGAAUGCCAAUGGCGGCUUGGACCGACUCUGCGACUCGCAAUUCUGCCAGUUCCUUGCCGCUUUGCAGUUCGACCCAGCACUCAAUGCAUUCGACGUAAUUGGACAGGCCUUGAGCCGGCGCUUCCCCCAUGUUAUGACCUUCUAUGAACUCGAGAUAGGGACCUUCCAAACUAUUGCCGCCAGAGAUCACUGCCCUUCUUGCAGAUUCGCCCUCACCAUCCUAGAAAGCUGCACCGGUGACAGAGGACCCCCAGAUACGACGUAUUUCGCUUCUUUUCCUAAAACACACUUACGUUUCAGCCUUGCCCACCACAAACCAAAUGGCCGAGCUCACUAUCUCAUGACCAAAUUCGGAGAACAGAUUACAUUCCUUGCAAACGACAGCGUCCGAGUUCCCGAGGCGGGAAGGCUCGUGGAUCCCAAAGGGGUAGAUUACCAACGUAUGAUAUCCUGGCUAGCGCUCUGCGAGCAAUUACACGAUGUCUGUCCGGCCACGGCGACGGGGAAGAGCCCACAUCGCCUAAAUCUUCUCCCUCACCUCCGCGUUGUCGAUGUUCAGGAAAUGUGUCUGACCGAUAUUCCAUGGACUGAAAAGUAUGUGGCCUUGAGCUAUGUGUGGGGAGGAGCAACUCCUCCUCGGCUUCUCAAACACGCGUUGGACGUGUGGAAAACGCCCAAUUCGAUCCGAUGCCGAGCCGACACCUUUCCCCGAACCAUUCGCGACUCUAUGGAAGUGGUCACGAAACUCAACUUACGUUACUUCUGGUUUGAUUCGCUGUGUCUCCUACAAGAUGACCUCGAAGACCUUCGGAAAAGCAUCAGCAACAUGGACAUGAUAUAUGAGAGGGCAUACGUGACUAUUGUCGCUGCUAACAGUCCUGGUGCUGAUGGUGGUCUUCCAGGAGUGGGGACAUCUCGCACCCCGAACCAGAUGAUACAACACAUAAAGCCUGGCAUCAGUCUCAUAAAUAUUGCCCCGCUGGAUGCCCAUCUGAAAACAUCGGUAUGGUCGACGCGCGGUUGGACACUUCAGGAACAACAUCUCUCACGCCGAACGAUGAAUUUUGUCAAUGGCCAAGUAUACUUCCGCUGUCGGCAGCGAAUAUGGUCUGAGGACUUGUGUAGAGACCUGGCGCCUCAGUCGCAAAAUCCUAUCGAAUGGGCAACCAAUUACAUCGCUCUGGCCCGAGAAGGCAUGGACGAGAUGGAAUAUCUCUUACAACCCUAUGAUUUCCUCUUCAGCGCUCUGGAGGAAUUCCAAAAACGCAACAUCACCAUGGACAGCGACGCGCUGAAUGCCAUGGCUGGCUUCCUCCAGCGAGUGGCCGAAGCUGGAAAGACCGAAAUGAUCGAAGGUCUACCCGUCAAGCUCCUCCCUGUAGCUAUGAUCUUUCGGAACCGCGCCGACAAUCCAGACUUUUCUCCGGACGUGCGGCGUAGGUCGGAUUUUCCGAGCUGGUCUUGGGCGGGAUGGCGGGCCCCGUCUUUUUGGGACUUUUGGAAAGAAAUCGACGUUACAGAAGGUGAAGACGAGAUCCUCGCCUGGCUUACGGGAGCGAAUUGGAUCAUAUGGUCUGUGUCCAAAGAAGGCGGGGCGCCUGAAGUUUUUCAUGAUCCGUCAACCAUCAGAAACCAAUUUUUCGCGGACGAAGGAGACAGAGCGAAGGCAGAUGACAUGCACAGCCCCGCGACAGCACACGUAGAGAGAUCUAUACCUCCUCCAUUCGAUCAAAUGCCGUGGGCUAUACGAGAACAGGCCUCGAAAAUCCCGCCAGACAUGCCCUAUCCCCUCUUAAUCUUCCAGACUGUCGUCAUCCGCAUGGCCCUUGCUGCCCCAGGGCCAGGCUCAGAUUCCUACUGCCUCUUCUCCAUCCUCGACAACACUGGCUCGAGCUGCGGUGAAGUCAUACCUGACUUCCUCCCCGUGUCUGCCAACACAGACACCAAUGACAGAGCCACCGGUGCUGAAGGAGACGCAGGUGCAGACGCAGAGGCACACACAGAAGCAACACGAUUGCCGCCCGAGCAUCCGCUCUUUGAGUUCCUUCUCCUCUCUGAACGACACCACAAGCCGAACCUGACGGCCGCGGCGCCCGGGGACGACGACUACGACGAUGCCGUUGCGAAUUUCGUCGACAAUAACACGUACUGGGUCAUGAUGGUCGAAUACCUGCCUGAGAAGGCCGUCUAUGAACGCCGAGGCGUCGGCCACGUCCUGAAGACCUCGGUGCUGGAGGGGAAGACCCUCAGUCCAGGGCCCGAGUGGCGGGAGAUCGUGCUGGCCUGA